GAAGUCUCCGACUGGGACUGGGGCCGCAGUGCGAGGCUCAGCCUCACUCCCGUGGUAGUGGUGCGGGGGCACAAGAGGCCCCCCGUGUUGGGGGCCGGUGGGCCCGACCGGCUGGUCUUCUGGCUGUGUGCUCCCGCAGCCUCUCUGGCCGCCCCGUGUUGCUCCGACGCUGGCCGUGCGGUCCCAGUGCUGCCUGCGAGGCUCGGGACGCCCAGUCCCAGAGCCCGGGACCUCGUGUCUGUGGUCCCCCGGGUUCCGGCGCAGUUCUCCUCUUGGGGUAUCCCCGAGCCUGCACAGCCCUUUCCCCGCCUAUCAGGGGAGACCUGGGUUCUAGAUUUGGCGCUGCCACUGACCACCUAUCUUCCUGCCUCCUCGAGUCACAGUUGGCCCUCCACAAAAUAGGGCGCUUUGAGGGGCCUCCCAGGCCCUAGUCCUCAGAGCGUGCUCGGUGCCCCCUCCCUAUGCCACCCCCAUGAUGCCCCUGUCCCGCUGGCUGAGAUCUGUGGGGGUCUUCUUGCUGCCAGCCCCCUGCUGGGUGCCCCAGGAGAGGUGGCUGGGUCCCCUACGGCGGCCCUCCCUGGUGCACGGGUGCUCAGUCCUGGGGGCCUGGCACAGUGCCCGCUGCUGGUGCCAAGCGUGGACAGAGGAGCCUCGAGCACUUUACUCCUCCCUCAGAAUGAAUGGAGACCAGAAAUUGGACCCUUAUGACCAAGCAAAGCAGGAUUUCAUUCAGCACUUCUCCCAGAUUGUCAAAGUGCUGACCGAGGAUGGUGUGGGCCACCCGGAGAUGGGAGAUGCCAUUGCCCGGCUCAAGGAGGUCCUGGAGUACAAUGCUGUUGGGGGCAAGUACCAUCGGGGUUUGACGGUGCUGAUAGCAUUUCAGGAGCUGGUGGAGCCAAGGAAGCAGGAUGCUGAUAGUCUGCGGCGGGCCCUGACUGUGGGCUGGUGUGUGGAGCUGCUCCAGGCUUUCUUCCUGGUGUCCGACGACAUCAUGGAUUCGUCCCUCACCCGACGAGGGCAGCUCUGCUGGUAUCAGAAGCCAGGUAUCGGUUUGGACGCCAUCAAUGAUGCACUGCUUCUGGAAGCCUGUAUCUACCGCCUGCUGAAGCUGUACUGUCGGGAGCAGCCCUAUUACCUCAACCUGAUCGAGCUUUUCCUGCAGAGUUCGUACCAGACUGAGAUCGGACAGACCCUGGACCUCAUCACAGCCCCCCAGGGCAGUGUGGAUGUUGGCAGAUUCACUGAAAAGAGGUACAAAUCUAUUGUCAAGUACAAGACAGCUUUCUACUCGUUCUAUCUUCCUGUGGCUGCUGCCAUGUAUAUGGCGGGCAUUGACGGGGAGAAAGAGCACGCCAAUGCCAAGAAGAUCCUGCUGGAGAUGGGGGAGUUCUUUCAGAUUCAGGAUGAUUACCUCGAUCUCUUUGGGGACCCCAGCGUGACGGGCAAGAUCGGCACAGACAUCCAGGACAACAAGUGCAGCUGGUUGGUGGUGCAGUGUCUGCAGCGGGCGUCCCCGGAGCAGCGCCAGCUCCUUCAGGAGAAUUAUGGGCAGAAAGAGGCGGAGAAGGUGGCCCGGGUGAAGGCGCUGUACGAGGAGCUCAACCUGCCCGCUGUGUUCACGCAGUACGAGGAGGACAGCUAUAGCCACCUCAUAGGCCUCAUCGAGCAGUACGCGUCGCCCCUGCCCCCGGCCGUCUUCCUGGGGCUGGCGCACAAGAUUUACAAGAGGAAGAAGUGACCUAGAGACUGCGCGGGCGGGAGGGGGGAGGGGCGGGGAGGCUCGCAACUUUCAAUAAAUUGUCGAAGCUUC